AUGGUCGCGCGAGCGAAUGCCACGACAACCAGCGCUGUUUCGCGAAGAAAAUGUGAAUUCACCACCAGGCAACCAAAAAAGCCCGCACUGAACACACGAACUUCAUCGCAAAGAUUUGUGGAUGUAACGUUAAAGCGGCGAGAGCACCAGAGUGUUGAACAGCGAAGAAGAGAGUACACGAUUGAAGAAACUAUAGAUGUAAAGACAAAACCAUUAAUGCCACUGGAAGGGUGUUUGUCGAGCGAUGAAAUAAGAUUCUGA